UUUAUCUUAUCUGUGCUAUUAUUAUAAUGUUAAGCGAGAUGCAAAAUUGGCGCCAAUAUUAUUUUCUUAAAAAACAAUAAAUUAUUAAUGUAAUCAAAAAUUACCAAUUGUCUCCAUAGAUAAUAAUUUAUUUGGGUCUCAUUAAUUGAUCGCUGAACAUGCAUACAUAUUAUAUAAAAGUUAAAUAACUGUAUGAUUAAUUAUUAAUAAUAUAUGGUUACUUUUUUAUUAGAAAUCUAUUUCAAUGGUAUUAGUUCUUUGUUAAAAAAUAUAUCGCUACUUUUUUUUUAAAUGUUGAAAUUGCAUUAUAUUUUUUAGUUUAAAAAUUUUAAACUAGGUAUGUGAACAUUUAAAAUUGUAAUCAUGGCAAAACUGGUAUACUUUAAAGAUAUCAUUAUUGAAGAAAAACUUGAUCCUCCAUCAGAUUUUUCAUUUCCAUUCAAACCAUAUAAAAUUCAACAUGAUUUCAUGACAAAUCUAUAUAAAGCAAUCGAAAAUAAAAAGCUUGGUAUUUUUGAAAGUCCAACUGGUACUGGUAAAACUUUGAGUAUUAUAUGUGGUGCUGUACGCUGGUUGUUUGAUAAUGAACAAAGAGAAUUAAGACAACUUAGAAGUACAUUAUUAUCUCUAGAAAAGAAAAAAGAAGAUAGUGGUGAAAAUGAUGAUGAUGAAGAUGAUGAUUGGAUAACUGGACAAGCUAAAUUAGCAGAAAAAAAUCAGAAAAUUUAUGAAAUUAGCCUGGUACUUAAAUCAUUAGAAGAAUAUAACAAUAAUAUAGAAGAAUUGAAAGAAAAACAGGAACUAAAAAAAAGUAAAACUAAAUAUACCGAAAAGAAUAUUCUAAGUAAGAAAAUUGACAUAGAUAGUGAAAAAUAUGAAAAUGAUCAAAUUUUAAUUGAUGAAGAUUCUGAUUUUUUACUUGAAGAAUAUGAUAAAUUUUGUGAAUCUGAUAUUGUAGACGAAGUACCUGAUGAAAAAUUAGAGUAUGAAGGAGUUAAGAUUUAUUUCUGUAGUCGAACUCAUUCACAAUUAUCUCAGUUUAUUACUGAAAUGAAAAAGAGUCCAUAUGGAUCUACGCGAGUUGUAUCACUAGCAUCACGACAAAACUAUUGUAUAAAUAAAACUGUAAAAAAAUUAAAUAACAUUACUUUGAUGAAUGAACGAUGUUUGGAAAUGGGGAAAUCAAAAAUUAGUCAAAAAUCAACAAAAAUAUCACCUAAUGGCCCUGUACUAAAAAAAAAAAAAUCAGAAGCAAUUUGCAAAUGUCCUUAUAAUGAUAAAGAAAAAAUAAAGUCUUUAGCUGAAGAAGUAGUAAUAGAAAUAAGAGACAUGGAACAAUUAGUAAAUAGAGGAGAGGAAUUAACGGUUUGUCCAUAUUAUGCUAGUAGAGAAUCUGUUAAAUAUUCACAGAUUAUAGUUUUGCCUUAUAAUACUUUAUUCCAUAAAAGUACAAGAGAAGCCAGUGGAAUAAAAUUAGAAGGCAAUAUAUUUAUUAUCGAUGAAGCUCAUAAUUUAUUAGAUACAAUUGGUCAUAUUCAUAGUUCCCAAAUUAAUGGCCAACAAUUGACCCAUAGCUACAGUCAGUUAAUCCAAUACAAGGAUAAAUAUGAGCUAAGAUUCAGUGCUAGUAAUUUACUUAAUUUAAAUCAACUAAUUUAUGUUAUUGGAAAAUUGAUUAUUAUGCUAGGUGGUACUCCAGGUAUUAGUCAUGUUGAAGCGAGCCGCAAAGGUGUAGAUUCUAAGGUUUAUUCAUUAGAAGAUUUUGUUCAUCAAGCAGAAAUUGAUCACUUAAAUAUGUUUGUUUUAGUUGAUUUUUUUAAAAAAAGCAAAAUAGGUCAAAAAAUUAGAGGCUUUUCUGAAAAAUAUAUGCCAUCAGUAAAUUUACAAGAAAAAAAACCAAAAUUAAGCAAUUUACAAGCUUUCUUAAAAGAUAUAGAAUCUAAAAAAAAUAAUAAAGGAAAACCUAAAGAAGAUGAAAACGAGCAAAAUGAAUCAAAGCCAUUAGAAUUGAUAAGUAAUAACCCUCUUACACCAGUUAUGACAUUUAUUGAGUCAUUAACUAAUCACUGUGAAGAUGGUCGUAUUGUCUGUUCAAGGCAAGCAUUUGUUGGUAAAGGAUCUUUAAAAUUUUUACUUUUGAAUCCAGCUGUUCAUUUUAAAGAAAUUGUUGAAAAAGCUAGAUCAGUAAUUGUUUCGGGUGGUACAAUGGAACCUAUUUCUGAAUUCAAAGAUCAACUUUUUAAUUUUAAAAAUGAUGAUUGUGAUAGAAUACUACAGUUUAAUUGUGGUCAUGUGGUACCUUCUGAUCAUAUUUUACCAUUAAUUGUAUGCUCAGGACCAUCUGGAAAAUUAUUGGAUUUCUCUUACCAAGAAAGAUCUAGUGCUAAAAUAUUAAAUGAAAUAGGCUCUGUACUUGAGAAUGUCUGUCGAACAGUACCUGCUGGCAUUGUUUGUUUUUUUCCUUCAUAUGACUAUGAGAAAUUAGUUUAUCAACAUUUAGAGAAAAAUAAAAUCAUAAAUAGAAUUUCAGAGAAAAAAAAAGUAUUCAGAGAACCAAAAUCAACUAAUCAGGUUGACGAUGUAUUAAAAAAUUAUUCACUAUCUAUAAAAAAAGCAAUGUCAUCUUCCGAUUCUAAAUUAACUGGGGCAUUAUUAUUUAGUGUUAUAGGUGGUAAAUUGAGUGAAGGUCUGAAUUUCAGUGAUGAUUUAGGUAGAUGUGUUAUUGUUGUUGGUCUUCCAUAUCCUAAUAUCAAAUCAGCUGAAUUACAAGAAAAAAUGAAUUAUUUAGAUACUCAUAUGAGUAAAGGAAGUGGUCAACAGUAUUAUGAAAAUCUUUGUAUGAAAGCUGUUAAUCAAUCAAUUGGUCGCUCUGUGCGUCAUCAACAAGAUUAUGCUGCCGUUUUACUUUUAGAUCAUCGCUAUAAAAAAGAAAAUGUUUGUAAUGCACUUCCUAAAUGGCUUCAAUCUUCUUUACAGAUACACACUACUUUUGGAGCUGCUUUCUCUCAGUUAAAUAAGUUUUUUGCAGAAAAAAAAAAGGUGAAGGAGAGAAAAACUUGAUUUUUUUAUUUUAUUUAUUUAUUUACAUUUACAUGUGUAUAAUUCCAUAUUUUAAAAUAUAAAUUGUUUUAGAAAUA